CUUGCCACGCUUUCCGAUCGUAUUGUGCGAAAGACACAUUUAAAGUUAAAAAGACCAAACAUUGUUCUCAAUAUUCUAAGUAGAUCUCGAAUUUCGCUUGGUACGCAUGGCAGGUUUUUUUCUUUCAAAAAGAACUAACAACAUUUGUUCUAAAUAAACUUUGGUUUACAUUUAGUAGAGUAAUGCAUGUGUUGUGUAUUAAACGUUGAGAAAUAAAUUGAUUAAUGACGUUUGCAAAACUAAGAGACCAACUGCGAGAAAAAGUUUUUACAUACAUUUUAGUUAUAUAAGCAAAAUAUUGAUAAAAAUGAAAGAGUAUAAAAAAUAUAUAGUUAUAAACUUGCUUGCGGCAUUUAUUUACAUUUGUUCAUCUGAACCUGAAGGAAAUGUGUAUCAAUCUAUUGCCCACCUAGAACCACUAGUUGAAAUAGAACGUCGACUCAUUAAAGUAGCCCGAGAGUAUCUUGACGACGAAAAGUUCAAGCUGAAAAGUCUGCAAGGGUUUGCUAAGUCUGUUAGAGAAUCCCUUGAACUUUCUAAGGACGAUCCAAUAAAGUACUUAGGCAAUCCUGUCAACUCUUACCUUCUAAUUAAAAGAUUCACCUCUGGUUGGAAAGAUCUUGCUGAUUUGUUAUCAAUAAAUGAUGAAAAAGCUAACGAUAUAAAAACAAUCUUAAAGGCAAAUGAGGUAUUUUUACCAACAUACGAUAUUGAUAUGGUUGGCGCCACAGCGGCCAUGUUCAGGCUGCAGGACACUUACAAUAUUACAGCGAGAGAAAUAGCAGAGGGAGAAAUCAGUGGAAUAAAGAAAACCAAACACAAGUUGACUGCACAACAAUGCCUUGAAAUUGCUGAAAUGGCUCACGAUUCAAGACGAUAUGUUCAUAUGGCAAGCUGGUUAAAAGAAGCAGAGAGAAUUAUGAAUGAUCCUACUCUAAAAGACAGAAGAGGGAACAUUACAAGACUACAAAUAAAUGAGUUCUUAGCAUGGAUGAACUAUUUGUCCAAUGACAUGAAAGAAGCCCUAAAGUACACUAAUCUGGUUCUUAAAGAAGAUUCCACAUACGAACCAGCAAUUAAAAACAAAGAGUUUUAUGAGUUUUAUGAACAAGAGAAUGUAGAAAAAUGGUUAACUCCAGAGCAAUGGGACUAUAAAGAGGAAUUACAAAACGAAAUCUUGUUUUAUAAAAGUCGAUAUGCAAAAGGAUGUAAUGAAAGAAAAAAGAAAUUGAUCGCAGUAAAAGAUGUCAAUAAUCUUGUAUGCUUUUACAAAAACAACAAACCACGCCUAAUAUUAAAACCUUUAAAAGUAACACGAAUGCAUGACAAUCCUGAUGUUCUUGUCUUCCAUGAGAUGAUUACAGAAGAGGUUGCAGAGAAGAUCAGAGAUGUUGCAAACCCAAGAUUGAGACCUUCUGAAGUAAUAGAUCCAAUUAUUCAAAAACAUGUAACAGCUUCAUAUAGGGUGUCAAAAAAUGUUUUUUUUGAUGACGCAUUUGAAGAAGAGUUAGAGAUUUCAAGAAAACUUCGACCACUUGUUGAAGAUGCUACUGAUCUAAAUGAUGAUUUCUCAGAACAACUUCAAGUAAAUAAUUAUGGUUUAGGUGGCCAAUAUGAAUUUCACGUUGAUUUCGGGGAUCCAGGCUCACCUUUAGAUAAACAUGAACAUGGUAACAGAAUUGCUACUCUAUUAAUAUAUUUAAGCGAUGUUGAGAGAGGUGGAGACACAGUAUUUACAAGACUUGGUCUUUCAUUAAAACCAAAAUUAGGAGAUGCAGCUUUCUGGCAUAAUCUUUAUAAAAAUGGUUCUGGAAUAUACGCCACAGAACAUGCAUCAUGUCCUGUAGUUUCUGGUUCAAAAUGGGUUGCGAACAAAUGGUUUCAUACAUUGGGUAAUGAGUUUACAAGAAAAUGCUCUUUGAACAAAAAUGAGUGAUCAGUUUUUAGGAUUGGAAAUAAAAAAGUAUGCAGUUAGUAUUAUUCAAUUCUUUCUAUCCCUUAAACAAAGCAAGAAAUUAUGGACACAUGGAGAUAUCUGUUUAACAAUUGUAACAAAUUUAUUUGCUGUUGUCUAGUUGUAAUUAAAAUUAAUGAUUAUUAUUAAAGUUGUGACUACCAAAUUGUAACUACCUAGUUGUAAUUAAAUUGUAACUACCUAGUUGUAAUUAAAUUGUAACUACCUAGUUGUAACUUUA